AUGGACAUGGCCUGGAAGAUCAUACAGUUGCUGCUUCUGGCUUCGGUGACUGCUGUGUGGGGUGCUCGGCCCAAGUCUCAAAAGGGCAAGAAGAAUCUGCUCAAUGUCUGCAUGUACGGCAAGCACCACAAGAAAGAGCCAAGCCCCGAGGACAAGCUUCAUGACCAGUGCAGUCCCUGGAAGAAGAAGGCCUGCUGCUCGGUCAACACCAGCCUGGAAGCCCAUAGGGAUGUCUCCCUCCUGUACAACUUCAACUGGGAGCACUGCGGCCCCAUGAAACCCGCCUGCAAGCGCAACUUCAUCCAGGACACCUGCCUGUAUGAGUGCUCCCCCAACCUGGGGCCCUGGAUCCAGAAGGUGAACCAGAGCUGGCGCAAAGAGCGGAUCCUGAAUGUGCCCCUGUGCAAAGAGGACUGUGAGAGCUGGUGGGAAGACUGCCGCACCUCUUACACCUGCAAGAGUAACUGGCACAAGGGCUGGAACUGGACCUCAGGGAUUAAUGAGUGCCCGGUGAAGAAUACCUGCCACCGCUUUGAUUUCUACUUCCCCACGCCUGCUGCUCUGUGCAACGAAAUCUGGAGUCACUCCUUCAAAGUCAGCAACUACAGCCGAGGCAGUGGCCGCUGCAUCCAGAUGUGGUUUGACCCGGCACAGGGCAACCCCAACGAGGAGGUGGCCAGGUUCUAUGCAGAGGCCAUGAUGAAUGGAGCUGAGCUCCAUGGGGCCUGGCCUCUCCUGCUUGGCCUGGUCCUGCUCCUGCUGCUCAGCUGA